GCACAACCUCGGACAGCCCGAUAUUACUGUUCAGUUCUUGUGAGAGCAGAGGACGCUGAUCACCGCCGACCAAUCCGAGUGCAAGGUUUUCAAACGUAAAAGGGUCACCUUCCACCACGAUAAGCGGAGAUACAGGGGCUCGAGAAGGGAUAUAGUGACAGUUGUUGUUCCGCUUGGCAGAUACCUUGCAUGGGAAUCCCGCGUCUAUGGACACUAGCCUGCUGCCGAGCGCUCCUUUGGACCGGUUUGCCCCGCUGCUGCGUAUCCCUUGUUUCCUAUAUAAUUGGCAACCAGUUUUUCUACACGGUGGAGGAAAACAGACCGCUAUUUCGCCCCCAGAGAUCAAUAUCGAGUGAAUCGCCAUCAAAAAGAAUUCAAAAUUGGGUCUCCACACUCCAAACCCCAUCGGCAGGAUUUCGGGCCAAAGAAAGUGAUGGAGGCUCUCCCGAAAAAUAUCACAAUCGAAGCAAAGCCCUACCCAUACACCUUUCCGCUCUCUUCGACUGCUCUUCUAUUGAUAGAUCUUCAGCGUGACUUUAUCCUCCCGUCGGGUUUUGGCGACAUACAGUCUGGAACGAAUCUCACGGCUGUAAAGGCGGUGGUUCCUAAUUGUGUUCGAAUUCUUCAAGCAUUCCGUGAAUUGGAGCUUCCCAUCUUCCACACUCGCGAAGGGCAUCUCCCAGACCUUUCCGAUUGCCCAUCAUCAAAGCUGAAACGUCAGGCCUCGGCACCUGGGACCAACCAUUCAAAGGUCAUUGGAGACCCUGGAGAAUUGGGCAGAUUACUGGUAAGGGGGGAGUAUGGACACGAUAUCGUGGAUGAGUGCCGACCAAAGCUGGGGGAAGUAGUUGUGGAUAAACCCGGAAAAGGUGCAUUCUGGAAUACAAAUUUGUUGGAAGAGUUGGUCGGAUGGGGAAUCACCCAUUUGGUGCGUAUUUAUGUGACUUUGUCAUCCUGAUCAUUUGUUAACAGAGGUAAGAUUGUCGGCGGUGUUACCACCGAGUGUUGCGUGACAACCACGGUGCGGGAAGCCAACGAUCGCGGAUUUGAGUGUUGUAAGUCACCAGAGGGGAGCCCGGUUGCGGAAGACUGGGAUUCGGGAUCUGACAGGAAAUAGGUAUAAUUGAAGAAUGCGCCGCCGGGUAUAAUGAUAAUUUCAAAGUUCCAUCUUUGGACAUGAUUCAUUGGUCGCAAGGACUCUUCGGCUUUGUCUCUUCCCUCCCAAACCUCUUGAAAGCAUUGACCUCGGCGCAUGCCCCCCCGGGUGUUCCCUCUCCGGGCCUGGGUCCCGAAAGCCCUCCAUCAACACCGCCGGUAUGGGACGGGCGUUUAACCCUAGCUUCUCUCCGGAAGUCCUACAGGUCCGGACUAUCCCCUGUGACGGUGAUUACCAGUCUCUACACCAGAAUCGAGGAAUACAGCCAAACAAAGUCAACCUUUACACGCCUUGUUGACCGAUCAGCCUUGAUAUCCUACGCCGAAUCGCUUCAAAAACUCUUCCCGGAUCUUACCAAUCUCCCGCCACUAUAUGGCGUGCCUUUCACUUUGAAAGACUCCAUAAACGUUGCCGGAGUUCCGACAACCCUAGCUUGCCCUCCACUCACCCAUAUUCCAUCGCGCUCCUCAAAGGUAUAUUCGCGGUUGAUAUCAAUGGGCGCGAUUUACAUUGGCAAAACCAACUUGGACCAGUUUGCGACAGGCCUAACCGGUUGCCGUUCCCCACAUGGAAUCCCUGCUUCCGUUUUCAAUCCGGACUAUGUAUCUGGCGGAUCCUCGUCUGGUUCCGGAGUUUCAGUGGGGGCGGAAUUAGCAUCUUUUGCUAUAGCCACUGACACUGCUGGAUCUGGGCGCAUUCCGGCAGGUUUUAACGGUGUGGUUGGAUGGAAGCCUACAAAAGGCACUGUUUCCUUCAGCGGGGUUAUGAAAGCCUGCGAGUCGCUAGAUUGUCUAUCAUUUAUGGUCACGCCCGAGGGAGGUGUGAAGGAUGUCCGAAAACUCUGGAAUCUUGUCAGAGGAUAUGAUCCAGAUGAUCCGUACUCAAAGGCGCCCGGAUCACUACCGUUGCCGAUGGUAAAUGCGUUGGCCGAGAAGAAGUGGAAGUUUGCCCUCCCGGAUAGGAAGGCUGUGGCAGAGUGUUCUCCGCAAUAUCGGAAACUAUUUUAUCAGGUUAUCGGUGGCCUCCAAGAGAUCGGGGGGGAGGUUAAAGAAGGCGAUUGGGGACUCUUUGAGGAGGCUGGAAAGCUCUUAUAUGACGGUGCCCUGGUGAAUGAGCGACUUGCAUCCUUACCGGACAACGGGUGGGUAGGAAGGGAGAAGGACGAGUUACACCCGGUGAUCCGGGAGAUCCUCCAGAAUGUACUAGAGAAGGGUGUUAGUGCCGCGGAAGCGUACAAGGAUAUUAGGAAGAUGGCCGGGUAUUUUCUGUCCUCUUUUCCGACACAUGUCUCGGGUGGUCUAACAAAUUCUAGGCUCACAAGAAAGGCCAACACUACACUUUUCAACCCCGCCCACCCAUCAUACAUCGACGUCCUGAUAGUCCCCACCGCCCCAUUCCAUCCUCGGAUCUCCGCAGUUUUGAAAGAUCCCAUCGCCAUAAACUCCCGUUUGGGGACCUUCACCCACUUUGGCAAUGUUUUGGAUUUGUGCGCCAUCGCGGUUCCGGCAGGGCACUACUUGGAAGACGGAAUAAAGAUGCCGUUUUCAAUUACUUUCUUGGGAAGGGGUGGUUCCGAUUCAAGAGUUCUAGAAAUUGCGAGCUUAUUUGAGGGACUUGUCGGCGUUGGGGCCAGGGACUUUGUUUGA